GACCAAACCAUUUGGAAUACACCGUAAAAAGUUGGCUCGGAUCUUCGCGAGUGAAACUCUCUACCAAUAAAGGUCGCGGAGAUCCUAGGGGAAUCGGUUGCGCCGAGGGACCUGUUGAAUCUGGUGGCCUCCAAGACAGGGGAUAAAUUCGUAGCAGGCCAGCUCUCGGAAUCUCGGCGAGAGGCGGAAUCCAAAGACGCGCGAUAAAGAGAGAGAAAGAGAGAGAGUGCCGCAGAGAAGCGCAGGUGUACACGGCGCGCCGAAGGGUAGAAUGCAGCGAUACGAAACGCGGUGCUGGUCCGCGGCGAGGCGAUGAGAAGGCUGAAUGGAGGCCGAGGAAGCCUCAGAGCCCCCGGGGGCUCCGACCAACGUCUCCUCGUCAGAGUAUACGGACAUCGAGCAUAGUUGCGGCACGUCGCGGCUGAUCUAGACUCGGCUGGGUCGCUAUUCCUCCGCCCGGCUUCGAAAAUCCUGGUGUCGAUCCGGUGAGCACACACGUAUCCGAACAGAGAGCCUGAAGGCCGACCGCCUAGAAUACCAAUCUCGGCAUAGAGGAUCGUCUACCAACGGCCUGAUCACUUCUUUCCUCCGGACGGCACGACCUACUUCGACGCAAACUAUCGAGAACUUUGAUAUGACACCGGCGAUCUCCCCGGAGAUCGAGAUGUACAGAACCUUGACGAGCAACGAAGAGUAAUAUCGCCAGUUACUAGUAUUCAGUUUAUCGGUUAAGUGUUAAAAACGAGGGAGUCAAAGAGCCCGAGAAUGGCGGCGCCGGUGAUCGAGAAGAAACGGUUCUUCUGCCGCGAAUGGGCGUUCGUCAAGCUGUCCCAUUGCCUGGAGCAGAGGCCAGCCUCGAAGACCUGCGGCGCCUUGAUCGUUGGUGGACCGGGAAGCGGGAAGACCGCGCUCUGCGCCGAGCUAGCCUGGCCGUCCACCAGCGCGAACGCUAGGCACCAGAGGUCCUUGAACAGGAGACUACUCGCCAGGCACUUCUGCCAGGCCAGGAGCGAGGCUUCCUUGUCGCCGGCGCAGUUCGUCAGAUCUCUGGUUGCUCAGCUCCUGCAGGCUAGCUCGGAUGGGAUUCACAGAGCGUCGCCAAAUUCGCCGACACCCGGUAGUACCGCAACGACGACCACCAACGCCUCCACGAUCCCGUUAACUUCCAGGGAAGCGGUGGCGGAAGCCUACGCCGAGAAACUCCGAACGGACCCAGAGAUACAGGCAGCUCUGCAGCCGGACGUCCUCGACAGAGAUCCCGAUGACGCGUUGAAGAAGGCGCUCCUGUUCCCUCUGUUGGAGGUCGAGCCACCGAAGAGCUGUCUGUUCUUGUUGGUCGACUCCAUCGACGAGGGACAAACGUUGAAUCCUCCGCAGACCGGCACCAGAGACUCUAGGAGGGAGAAUGAGAACGUUAGUAGGACAAUUGCUGAACUGUUGGCCAACCACCACCACCUCUUCCCACAAUGGUUGCUGCUGGUUUGUACUGCUCGACGUCAGAGUAAAACGAUCUCGAGGAUGUUCACUGGAUUCCGUAAGAUCUCGUUGGACGAUCUGAGGAAGUCUCACGUGGUCCGAGACGUUCAGCAGUACAUUCUUGCACGAUUGGAUCAAGAAGAUGCGCUCAGGCAGCACAUCUCGUGCGACACGGCCGAGAUGUUGAACCAGUUGCACAUCAAGAGCAACGGCUGUUUCCUGUACCUGGAGAAGGUUCUCGACGGCGUGGCUGAGAACUUCAUCGUCCUCCGAGAAGUCCGCGAGAUACCAGGCACUCUGAACGGUCUCUACCUCUGGUUGUGCCAAAGACUGUUCAGCAGGAAGCAAUUCGCCAAAGUCCAACCGCUGCUGAACGUGAUUCUUGCUGCCAAACUGCCUAUCACCCAGGAGAUCCUCUACAAGUGCGUGAAAACCGCCUGCACAGGCAUCACCAUCGAAGACUUCAACCGACGCCUGCACCUCUUACGAAGAGUGAUCUCGGUGUCCCGUGCUGGUGCGCUGAUGCUCUUCCAUCACAGUUUCGCCGAGUGGCUAUUAGACGUCAAGCACUGUACCCAGAAGUAUCUCUGUUCCGCCAUCGAGGGCCACGCGAUGUUGGCUGCUUACUACACCCUCCGCGGGCCAGACCUAAACCCUGAUGAGAUCUGCGUGCUGGGACAGCAUCUUCAACGAUCCAUCACCAACGUAGCCACCACGAACUGCAAUUCGGACGUUCAUACUCUUCAGGUACUCUGGAUGAUUGGCAGUGGAGCACCGAUCGAAGAAUGCUACCUAGACAGCUCCGAGUGUAUCCUCUGGCCCAGGCAAGAAGUUAAGCUGUUGAGAUUGCUUAUCGACGCCGGGGCUAAGCCGUCUGAGAAGGUUGUGGAAGACGAUACCAACAAGGAUGCUGUUUCUUCUAGUCAGGUCUCGCAAGAUGUUAGCCCGAUGGACGAAUCUCCCAGCGAACCGUUAACAGAACUACUUGGCGAGAGCGGGGACAUCAAUCAAACAGACUCUUGCGGGCGAACAGUGCUGCACACACUCGCUGCAGAUGGCAAUGCGUCUUUGUUGGAGUUGGCUUUAACAACCUGCCCACAGGCAAAACUGGAAGCUACGGACCGUCACGGGCAGACACCGUUGAACUUAGCUGCCAGACACGGCUACGCAGAUGUGGUUCGUGUGCUUCUGGCUGCCGGUGCGUGUGCGGAUCAUGCAGACUGUGAUGGUUGGACCGCCCUCAGAGCCGCAGCCUGGGGAGGCCACACUCAGGUGGUCGAAAUGCUGUUGGAGCAUGGUGCGAUAGUGGAUUGCGCUGACUGGGAUCAACGAACGGCGCUGAGAGCAGCUGCGUGGGGUGGCCACGAAGACAUCGUUAAAGCACUUCUGCAGCACGGCGCCGACGUCAACAGAACGGAUGACGAAGGCAGAACCGCUUUAAUUGCUGCUGCCUACAUGGGUCACAGUGAGAUAGUCGAACACCUUCUAGACUUUGGUGCAGAGAUCGAUCAUGCUGAUAGCGACGGUAGAACAGCCCUCAGUGUCGCUGCUUUGUGUGUCCCUUCCAAUCAUGGCUAUGCAAAGGUGGUCACUAUAUUAUUGGAAAGGGGAGCUGCAGUUGACCAUCAAGACAAAGAUGGCAUGACUCCGUUGCUGGUAGCAGCAUUCGAAGGCCACAGAGAUGUCUGUGAACUGCUCUUGGAAUAUGAGGCAGACGUGGAUCAUUGCGACGCUACUGGGCGUACACCUCUGUGGGCAGCAGCCAGUAUGGGUCACGGAUCGGUUGUUGCCCUUUUGUUAUUCUGGGGAUGUUACGUUGACAGCAUUGAUAACGAGGGCAGGACCGUCCUCAGUGUGGCUGCUGCCCAGGGUGGCACUGAUGUGGUGAAGCAAUUGCUGGACAGAGGCUUAGACGAACAACACAGGGACAAUUCAGGCUGGACACCUCUGCACUAUGCGGCCUUCGAAGGUCACAUUGAUGUCUGCGAAGCAUUGCUGGAGGCUGGCGCCAAAAUUGACGAAACUGACAAUGAUGGCAAGGGGGCCUUGAUGCUUGCAGCGCAGGAGGGACACUAUACUCUCGUUGAGAGAUUGUUAGAACAACAUGGCGCACCGAUCGAUCAACACGCUCAUGAUGGAAAAACUGCUCUAAGACUUGCAGCUCUGGAAGGACAUUAUGACACUGUCAGGGUAGUAUUAGCCCACAAUGCCGAUGUUAACGCGAAAGACGCUGAUGGCAGAAGUACUCUCUACAUCCUCGCCUUGGAAAACAGACUAGCAAUGGCACGAUUUUUACUAGAACACGCGCGCGCCGAUGUAGAAAGUAGAGAUUCAGAAGGCAGAACACCUCUGCAUGUGAGUGCUUGGCAAGGACAUGUUGAGAUGGUAGCUCUACUGUUAACAGAAGGUGCUGCCAAUGUAAAUGCCUGCGACAACGAGAACCGAACUCCUCUUCAUUCUGCCGCCUGGCAAGGACAUGCUGCCAUUGUCAGACUACUUUUAGAGCACGGGGCUACUCCCGACCAUACUUGCAAUCAAGGUGCAACGGCUCUAGGUAUAGCUGCACAGGAAGGCCAUGAACACUGUGUACGAGCACUCUUAAACCAUGGUGCUGAUCCCAGUCAUUCCGAUCAUUGUGGCCGAAAUGCAAUUAAAGUAGCUGCUAAGAGUGGACACGACACGGUAGUGAGGCUUCUUGAAGAACACUCUGCUAAUCAACGAAUUCUCAGGCCUGGUAUUAACGGAGGUGGAAGUAGUAGUGCUACUUCGGUUACCUCCAAUUCAACAGCAGAAACAAAACCAUCGUCUGCGAUUCUGAAUCCUCUCUCUACGCAGUACAGUCCUGCAGAAUCGCCAGAUUCAACGAAGAGAAGAAGCUGCGUCUCCCUGGGCAAUAACUCUAGCAACAGUAAAUCGAGCAGCAACUUAACAGGCAGCACGAAGAGCGAUCAAGGAAAAUUCAACCAAAACUCAAUGGUGAAUCAGGUAAUAAAAACACCAUUAUCUUUCACGCAACAACUACAACAAUGCUCGAGAGGAGCGAAAAGCAGACCGCUCAGCAAACUUUUGUCGCCCUUGAAAAGUGAACCACAGAGCCCGAUUUAUGCGUCGCCACCUCAUUCGCCAUUAAGCGAUAGCCUGAUACCCUACUCGCCUACGAACACCACCAGUCCGCCGAGUGCCCAAACAGCAGCGAACGUGAUACAAAACCAAUUGGGGGUUUCCCUGAUAACCGGGAACCAGAACAUACCGUACAAGGCGCAACUGUCCGGUUACAAUCACACACCAGCUAUCUACGAGCCGAUCAACAUAAAAACCGAGAUCAUCGAUAAGAAUGAUGUUAGCAAACCAUUCGAGUUGACGAACGAAAUGUUAGGCUUAAAUGUUAGCAAAGAGAAGAAGAAUGGACUGGACGAGAAGAGGAACUCGGCUGAUACUCAUUUCACUAGAGACACACAUAUGAGGAUAAUCCUGGGGAACAGUGGAGCUGGUGUUGGCAGGAGUGUAAAACACACUUCUGACCAUACGCCUGCCAGUGCAAGUAACGCAAAACCAAAGCGCAAUGGUUUGGUAUCCAACCCAGCCAUGAGACUAGUAGCAGGUGUUAGAAAUGGAAUUGAGAAUGCAACUAAUAGGAAUAAACCCAUUACGACGCGAGUAAAUGGAUUUCAGUGGAAAGCAGAGGCACGAAAGGAAACACCUUUGUAGGGAAAGGUUGUGUUAACAGAAACACCUCAGCAGGACACUGGAAUCCGUUACUGUGGCUGGCGAAUCGUAAUUACCAAAAAGCGAAAGUCAAUAAACAAAUUUUUCUCUUUUUAUUUGAGCAAAAUCAAAUUACCUCACCUGAAAAAGUGAAGCACAAGAGAGAAAGGUCUAUAAAGAACCCUGAUUACAGAGGAAAUUGAGUAAUAUACGGAAUAAAAAACCAAAUAUUAAACAACAUAGGAAAAUAUGUAGAUUUAGAUAUGUAAACUUACGAAACAUACUUUGUAUAAAUGUAACGUUAAUAAAUUUCUUUACUGAUCUCACUAAUAAACUUCAUAUAAACGACAGUGAACUAAUUAUUGGAACUUUAAGGAUUAAUAGUAAUCAUUUUACUGGAGAUAAUAGAUUAUUUGAGAUUCUUUUUCUUCAGAAGACUGGAUGCAGACGAAAUGCAUAAUGUGAUGUUUUAACGAUUAACUUGGAAGACGAUACAGAAUUGUAAAGAUAUGUAUAAAUUAUAUUAAAUGAUUAAAGAUAUAUAGCAUGGUAAUGUGCGAACUCAGUUACAAAUACGUAAGAUUAUGGCCUGAAAAUUUAAAGAAAAAAACGUGUGUAAAUACACAUCUUUCAUGUAUUGUGCACGACCAUAUUUAUUAUAUUGUAAUAGGUGCAAAAUAAAUAAAAGACAAAAUAUCAACACUUA